ACUUUACAAACCGUGACAAGCAAUCUUUCGUUUCGAACAUAACAGUUUAAGAACUGCGAUUAUUUUGGAACACUUGGAAACAGACCGUUAAAUUUUGAUAACGAUUUUGCAUAUAAAUCCUCGAAUUCUUUUUGGCUGAAGUUUUAUCUAAAAUUCAGCUGAAGAGAAGAUGAGGGUUGAAGUUUUGUUGUUUUUAGUUUUUGCUUGUUGUGUGAGGCCUUCGUCCUCGUGCUCCUGCAUCCCUACCCAUGUCCAGACGAGCAUCUGUCAGGCUAAUUAUGCUAUAAAGGCGACGAUUCUGUCCGUCCAGGAUAAUGGGGCUUUCACUUUAAGAUACAAUGUAACCGUCGAGAUGAGUUUCAAGACCGGACAGCCAGCUCCAAGUUCAGUCAUCUCGAUUUUUACGGCGAAUUACAGUUCCCUGUGUGGCGUCUUCUUUAGUGUGGGGGAAACAUAUCUCAUAGUGGGCAACAUUGUAUAUGGUGAAUAUUGGACCAACUUGUGUCUUUGGAGUAUUUUUUGGGGAGGUCUGUCGGACUUUCAAAUAUUUGCACUGACGAGAAGAAUCUAUGUGAAUAACUGUGAAUGCAGGAUUAAUCCGUGUUUUGGUUUGGAGUGCCAGAGCGAGCCAGACUGUAUCGUUCCUCCAGAACAAACCUUCUAUUACGAUAGUAACAAGGCCUGUACAAAACGAGGAGCCAAGUGUUCGUGGACCGACAACGGGCGCUGAGCGCCAUAUUGUCACGAUGUAAAUGGCGUAUAUAUACUGCCAACUCGUAGCAUUGAAAAUUUGCCAUUUUAUUUCCCUUUUUUCAUCCAAAAAGUACAAAAUUAUUUCAUAAUGAUUUCAAUUUUAUUACAUGUAUUUUUUUUUCAUUACUUGUUGUAAUUAUUUUAAGGAAUUUGAUAACUUGCCGUUUUAGCUAGAGAAGAUUGCAUCUAUUACAAAAUAAUCAUAAGACUUACUUUUUAUUAUUUAAUAUCAAAUUCAGUAUAGAAAGUACAAUUAUGGGAAAUCAUGAUCAUUUGUUAAUGUUUCUAUAACUUUUGAAACAGCACCAUAAUUAAUAAGUGUAGUUGGAAAUGAAUAUCAAUAUACAAUUCAAUUGUAAUUAAUAGAAUUUACAUUAUAUGUUGUAUGUGAAUUAGAAACAAAUAGUGUACAUAGAAAGCAUUGUGACAUAUAUAAUAAAUUGUGAUAAUAAUUGAUAUUUCAAGUCAAAUUGAAGAUGCAUCAUUUGACCUGUCUGCAUUUUGAUUAUUGCGAUGAAUUUUACCUCAAACACGUGCACAUGGAUUGUGUUAUACAACUAAGAAGAAAACCAUUGUUAUUGACUAGAACAUUACGCAUAAUUAAGUAUUGGUUUAAAGUUUUACGCUCCAAAAAUUGUCUUAUGAAAUCAAUUUAUGAUUAUGAUCUGAAAAACAUGUUAUCAAGCUGGAUUAUUUUUGUCAAGAACACCCUAAUGUCAAAUGGUUUCGGUGAUGUGUGGUAUUACCCUGAGUCAGUAAAUGAAAACAUGUUUUAUGUAUAUUUUGAGCAAAGAUUGUCAGAUUGUUUUUACCAAAAUUUAAGGGUAGAAAUUGAAAAUGCUCACCCUUUACGUCUAUAUAAAUAUCUAAACUUGCCUGUACACCAGGCAGAGUAUCUAAAUCACAUACUAUAUGAUAAACAUAGGAAAGCCUUAAGUAGACUUAGAUUGUCUUCACAUCGUCUACGAAUCGAAUCUGGUAGAUAUGAUAAAAAAUGUCCUAUUAAUGAAAGGAAAUGUAUAUAUUGUAAUUCAAACGAUGUCGAAGAUGAAUACCAUUUUGUUCUGGUGUGUGAUUUUUACACGGAGUUAAGGAAAUUAUAUAUUAAGAAAUUCUUCUAUGUACGACCAAGUAUGGCAAAAUUUAUUGAUUUACUCAAUUCUGAUUCUAUAUUUAUGUUAAAAAACUGGGUAAAUAUGUGUACGAAUCUUUUAAUAAGAGGGACAACUUUACCAUCAGACGUGAAUAAGCGUAAAUUAAGUUUAUAUAUAACUACUGCUUUGUUGGUCUUUUUGAUAUUUUUUCAUCCACUUUAUACCUUAUA